AUGGAAAAGAGCAAAAAACGAGCUUGGGGCAAAGACCCUGGUCUCUGUGAGGACCGCGGUGAUCCGGCAAAAAGGACUAAGCGCGUUGAUCGGACGGGCUUUCGGGGCAACCUACACUACGUAUCCAAUCGCAAUGACAAUCCCAGGCGCCGCCAACAAGUCAUUGACACAGUCGAAAGGGAGAUUGCCGUUUGGUCUCCACCAUAUCAUAUCCAGCUGGUCCUCUUCUGCGAUGCGUCAGUGGACCACAAAGACUUACCUGCGCUCCCCGGAGGAUAUGCCGUCGUCUUUAACGAACACUGUCCGGGACAUUUCGACCAUGGGAGAAAAGUAGUAAUGGGGUGGCAUAUGCCCCAUAUAAUCGACAACAUGAUUGGGGAGGCUAUCGCCAUUGCACAGGCUAUCCAGGUAGCUGGCGAAAAGCUGCGGGCUGCACAUCUGGCCUCAAAGUACACCAGAGCGGCGACGGUGAAGGUGUUCACGGAUGGAAAUCAAGUACUUGAACACAUCGAUGGACGUGCGGCCAUAAAAGGCUUCCGUCAGGAGACUUAUCGAAAGGCCAUUCGACUUGUCUGCGAGCAGUCGCAUGAACUUGGCUGUAUUCCCGGUCUCGACGUAAAGCUCGACCUAUUCUGGGUUCCUGGACACGCCGGUGUUGUCGAUAACGAUACCGCCGACAAGGCUGCAAAGCAGAUCCUUAGAAAUCCCCGUCACUGUAAUAUUAUCACGGUCGACAGAAAUAGAAGAAGCAUUGCGUCCAUGCCUGCGGCUGUCUUUCUACCGCUUCAACAGGACCUAGAGGAAGAAACCCGACGAACUAUGUCCUCGUCCUUUCAUCAUCAUAAUAGGCAUUGUCAACCCUCUCGCCAUGCUCAUCUUGGUAGAGACUAUCCUCCUUUCCCAAGCUCAGCCCUGAGCGAAAAAGCUGCAGGCGGUCUAGCCUCCACUUCCACCCUUCUGUCCCCUGAGUCGGGCUACACGGGUGAUACAGUGGCCGUAGCCACCGUGAAGAAGAUGGCUGCAGCGGCGGACACAAUUCCUGUAGUAGCGUACAUUGCAAGUGCGGCAGAGGACACUUCAGGUGCGACAAAGGAUACGACAGCUGCAGAGAAGGAACAGGUCAGUGCAGCAGGAGAGGAGGUGGCGGCUUUAGAUGUUCCUGGCGAUGAUGGCCUCACUCAACUAGAAGUUGACAUUCAACUCUUGGGUGAGAUGGAGGAGGGACUCAAGAGGGAGCUGCGCGAGGAUGUCAAGGUGGAUAUCUUGAAGCAGUUUCGUUUGGUUAUUGAGAACAAGGCAGAAUCUGGUUGA